AAUCAGGAUAUGGAUCAGGGUAAUGAGGAUAUGGAUCAGGGUAAUGAUGAUAUGGAUGAGGGUAGUCAAGAUGUGGAUGAUGACAACGAGGAACAGGAGCCACAGUCAACGCCACCAUCAGGGCCAAAUUUGCUUCCACAAGAACAACCUCAGUUCUCAAGCCAGUAUGUACCUCAGACACAGUUCACCCCCGUCAUUUCCAAUGCAUCAACACUAUUGGGGUAUGUCACAAUUUGAAACAGGAGAAGGAGGUUCUUUUAACCAAUUGCUUGAUUCAUGGCUGCAGAUGCAGGACAGUCACAAUAUGGCAAUCAGCCUGAUUUCAUGGCAGAUAGGUAUUCGUUGGAUGCGAGGCUUCCAUGCCAUACCUCAUCGGUUGCUUCUGGAGGGUUUGUGUCUGUUGACUCUAGUAGAAGUGAAGGUGGACGCGGAGUUCUUAAUAGUCAAAAUCCUAAUCGUGUUUCCAUAGGACCUCUUGAAGAAGAUGCUAACACACUCGAGGAGGAGGCCAAUGCGUAUCUAGUAGAUGAUCCGGAUGACGAGGAUGACGAUGAGGAGGAUGAGAUAGAGGAGUUCGAUGAGGAUGAGGAAUCCCGUAAUGAUGGUCAGGCACACACUUCGGAUGACAAAGGCAAAGGUUACAAUCUGAGGAUUGAUCCGCCACGUCGCAGCACUAAUCGCUACACUCCAUCUGUAUUCAAGAAGGCCACCAAAAAAUGCAAGAACUUUGUGAAGGAUGUAAAGUGGGCAAUGAGAAAGUAGUUGUGGUGUAAUAAACUUACUUAUGUAUUCAUGAUGUGGACUAUGUAUAUAUGUAUUAAUG